AGGUUUGCGGACGUGGCGGCGGCGCAGGGCCCGGGAGGCGGAGACGUUGGCGGCGGCAGCGGCCGCGGCGCACGGAGGCAGCCGAAAGGGGAGGCUUGGCCAUGAACUGGACCGGCUCGGCGGCGGCGGUGGCGGCGGACUUGGCAGGCGUCUCCUCGAUGCGUCCCGGCUGCUAACGAGACAGAUCUUGACAUUAUGGCAGGAAGGCAUCCGAAUCGUAGUUUUCCUCUUCCAGGAGCUCAUUCAAGUGGUCAAGUCCAUACAUUUGGAAAUUGUACAGACAGCGAUGUGUUGGAGGAGGAUGCUGAAGUGUAUGAGCUUCGAUCCAGGGGAAAAGAGAAAAUCCGAAGAAGUACAUCAAGAGAUAGACUUGAUGACAUUAUAGUAUUAACAAAAGAUAUACAGGAAGGAGAUACUUUAAAUGCAAUAGCCCUUCAGUACUGUUGUACGGUAGCAGAUAUCAAGAGGGUAAACAAUCUCAUCAGCGAUCAAGACUUUUUUGCCCUUAGGUCUAUCAAAAUUCCAGUAAAAAAGUUUAGUUCGUUGACAGAAACACUUUAUCCUCCAAAAGGAAGACAGGCUUCACGACCUUCAUCUGUUCAGUACCUUCCAGAACAACAGGAAAUUUUGUCAGCUCACGAUUCUCUUUCUUCCAGUGAGUUAGCUGGUAGCUUUUUAAAAGAAGUAGACCGAGACAUAGAACAAAUAGUAAAAUGUACAGACACCAAAAGAGAGAACCUUAAUGAAGUAGUGUCUGCCUUAACAGCACAACAAAUACGUUUUGAACCUGAUAACAAAAACAUUCAACGUAAGGAUCCUUAUUAUGGAGCAGACUGGGGAAUAGGGUGGUGGACAGCUGUAGUGAUAAUGUUGAUAGUAGGUAUAAUAACACCAGUAUUUUAUUUACUAUAUUAUGAAAUUUUAGCUAAAGUGGAUGUUAGUCACCAUUCAACAGUGGAUUCUUCACAUUUGCAUUCGGAAGUCACACCCCCAUCACAGCAGAGAGAAAUGGAAAACGGAAUUGCUCCAACUAAAGGACUACCCUUUGGCCAGCAAGGUGAUUAUAAACUACAUAGUCAAGAUCCUCAGCCACCUGCUGUUCAUCACAAAACGUAGUAAUUAGCUCAUAAUUACAAUGUUAGUGAUCAGAUGUGAAUCUGGAAUGUGGUGAAUCAGUUAUUCAAUAACCACUUCAAAGGCAGAAUUUAGGGAGGUUGAAGAUGCUUUUGUUUUUCACUUUUUUUUUUGAGCCACUUAAAAAUGGAUUGAGUGUAAAGUCUGCAGUUGCUAGCUGUUGAUAUUGAGAGCAGUAAAUCCAUGUGUAUGUUAUAUCAGUGCUUAAAGCAGAAAUGAAUUUAAAUGUGUCUAGGAAGUUCUUCGAAAAUGCAUCAUUUUUCUUAUUCAAGAUUGGUUAUGUUUAAAUUUUAAGUAUUUUUUGGCUCAAGGUUAUUAAUGAUAAAUUUAUUAAGCAGAAUAAUGAUAGCGUCAGAUAUCUCAACUGAAGAAAAUUUACUACUUCUGAACCAUCAGAAUAUUUAGUUGCAAAAAAGUUGUUUGGUUCUGAAAUUAUUUAUGAUAUCACAUACUUAAAACUCCAUUUUGAAACUUUUAAAAAAAUAUGUGUAGCACAUACGCUAUGGAAACAUAAGUAGAAACAGAAAUGGGAAAGUAACGUACAGUGUCUAUAAUAGAGGCUAAGAAAUAGAUAUUAUUGUUAAGCCCUCAAAAUAAUGUGUGAUGGUUGGGAAGUUGCCAUAUGGUCACUAGAACACUGGAUUAGGUCAAGACUAAAAGUCAUCUUUGUUAAAGAAUUGCUGCCUCUGUUUCUGUUUUUUACAUGAUUAUAUUUGCCUGUGUUAUUUGAAAGCACGUUUGCAAAUCUUUGAUGAAAAGUGUUUUACAUGUAAAGAUUAGCAUUAUUUAGGAAAUAAUUCCUUACAUACUGUGAUAAGUUGUUGCUAUGUUACAUAUAGUAACAUGCCUUAAUGACAUUUAAUGCCUUAUAAUAUUACUUUAUGUAAGCUAGUAUAAUUUUUAGAGUUAAAAUUAAGCAUUAUUUCAGAUGGUCCAGUGGGAUUCAUAACAUAGGCUGUAUAAAUUCGUCCCCAUCUUCACUAUCAAGCACAACUUAAUGGGGUCAAAACAAAUUUUCAUUGGCUGCCUGAGUUCUGUUUGCAGAAAAUCGUUCAUUAAGCAAAAGCAAGCGUAAAAAAGACCUUUUGCAUUAGCAAUAACAGAUGGCCUUAUUUAUUGAUCCCUUAACAUCUAUUUUUCAGAGAGAAUGUCUAACUUAGACAUUUUUUUCCCUGAACCGUAAGCUCAAAUUGGGGAACAGAGGCCAAAGGUGUGGAUUGGCUGAAAAGGCUUGAUUGUCCACCUUUUAAGAUCUAUGGAUCACAGUCUGGCUAAAUACAAAGCAUUUGCAUACUGAUUUCAUCAUUUAAUUUUUAAAUGUGUUUUUAAAAUGUAACUAAACUGAUUAGAAGCAAGAUUUGGUGGAGUCUGGAUUGCCUGUUUUGUGUUUAAUAAAGUAUGUACUUUAAGAUAUAUAAUACCACCUCAUUUUCUGGGCAUUAUUUCCUAAUUUUUAAUAUUUCAGCUUUUUGACCAGUCAUUUUCUAUUUCAAACUCCAAUCUUGAUACAAAGUGGGGUGAAUAAAUAUAUGUGGUAAAUGAGGUUUUAUGCAUUUUCAGGAGCUAAGUAUCAUAAACAACAGGACAAAGAAGUGACACGUUAAAGCCCUUGCAUAUAUUAGAGGACCUUAGUUACCAAAAAGUGUUAAUAUGGAAGUUACA